UAAAGAUUGUUAUUGUAAAAUGUGAUAUGAAUUUUAGUAUAAAAAGCACACAAAAGUCUAGCUGAACAUCAUUGAUCGCAGAACAAACAUUUAAAAAUGAAGUUCCUCGUCGUGUUCUUUGCUGUUGUCGCUGUGGCUGUGGCCAACAAACCAGAGGUCGAUUCUCCCAUCGACGUAGGCCCCGUCAUCAUAGAUGAAGACUCUCCCAUCGACGUAGGCCCCGUCAUCAUAGAUGAAGACUCUCCCAUCGACGUAGGCCCCGUCAUCAUAGAUGAAUAUCCUCCCAUCGAUGUUGGUCCUGUUAUCAUUGAUGAAAAACCCGUACCUAGCUCCCCUCUCGUCCAAAUUAUUAUCAACGUCAAAUCCGCCCCAAGUCCAGUAAGACCCCCAUUUAACCCUGAUGAUAUCAGGCCUGAAGAUGUCAUCAAUGUGGACCCCGUUAUCAUCGAACCUGACAAUGCUCAAGUUCUCCCUGACCAACUUAACUAAAUUAUUAUAAAUUAUUCAACGUUGACCAUCAGUUAAUGCCUGCAAUAAAUAAAGAGUGAAUAUA